UGACGUACGUGUAGUCGGUGUAUAUUAACACACAGAAAUCUACACACAGGAACACAUGUAUAAAACAGCAGAGAAAAAGCCUUUGGCUUUAAACCAACACUGCAACAAAAAAGAGAGGAACUGAUUUCUCUAUUUACUAGCUCCUAUUCACUGAGUCACGAACAACACAGAAAACCCUUGUUGGGUUUCAAUCGCGAAUCAAAGUUGAUUGAUUUUUAAUUCUUUGUUUUUUUUCUUAUAUAAAAAAUUCCAAAAAACUCUUCUUUUUUUUAAUUGAUGAUGAGGAAUAAAAGGGCAAGGACGAGCGUCCACAAGGCGGUGGUUGAUGUUUGGCAACGGGAAGUCGGGGAACUCUCGACUAGGAAUUUCGCCAACCGACUUGCCGCUUCCAAGGAUCUUUUGCUUCGACUUGAAAUUUACAAGAAACUUGAAAAGCACCGAGGUUGUGUGAACACUGUGAGCUUUAAUGCUGAUGGUAACAUUUUAGUCUCUGGCUCUGAUGACAAGCGGGUUAUUCUAUGGGAUUGGGAAACUGGGCGUGUCAAGCUUUCUUUCCAUUCAGGCCAUGUCAGCAAUGUUUUCCAAGCAAAAAUCAUGCCAUACACAGAUGAUCGCAGCUUGGUUACUUGUGCUGCAGAUGGGCAGGUUCGACAUGCUCAAAUUUCGGAACGUGGUGUCAAAACUAGGCUGCUGGCCACACAUCAGGGACGAGCUCAUAAAUUGGCCAUUGAACCAGGAAGCCCUCAUGUAUUUUACACUUGUGGUGAAGAUGGAUUAGUUCAGCAUAUUGAUCUUAGAACUGCAGCAGCAACAGAACUUUUCACAUGCCCUCCAAUUGAUGAUAGCAGAGCCUUCAUGCCAGUUGUCAAUCUCAAUGCUAUUGCAAUUGAUCCAAGGAACCCAAAUCUCUUUGCAAUUGCAGGAUCGGAUGAGUAUACUCGACUUUAUGAUAUUCGCAAAUAUAAGUGGGAUGGCUCAACUGAUUUUGGUCAACCUACAGAUUAUUUUUGCCCCCCUCAUUUGAUUGGUGAUAAUCAUGUUGGAAUAACAGGCUUGGCCUUUUCAUAUCAGAGCGAGCUUCUUGUCUCCUACAAUGAUGAGUUCAUCUAUCUCUUUACACGGGAUAUGGGACUGGGGCCCAAUCCAGUCCCAUCUUCUCCAUUGUCUGCAUGUAGUGAAGCAAGUGAAAUGGGACUUGAUCCCUCAGCUAUGUCAGCAUCAGCUAUGGAAACUGAUGUGAAAGCUAUUCCCCAAGUUUAUAAGGGACAUAGAAAUUGUAAGACAGUGAAGGGUGUGAGCUUUUUUGGACCUAAAUCUGAUUAUGUGGUUAGUGGAUCUGAUUGUGGCAGAAUAUUUAUUUGGAAGAAGAAAGGUGGAGAGCUCAUUCGUGUUAUGGAAGCAGAUAAACGUGUAGUCAACUGUAUUGAGUCUCAUCCUCAUAUCACAGUUCUUGCUAGCAGUGGAAUUGAGAAGGACAUCAAGAUAUGGACUCCGAAGGCUAUUGAUAAAGCACCUCUUCCAACAAACAUUGAAAAGGUUCCAAAACCAGCCUUCUUCCAUUUGUUGACCUUUGCUGCAUUCAACGAGGAUGAUGAUGAUUAUACUUUUUUUGAUGUUGAUGAUGAUGAUGAUGAUGAUGGGGAAGAUGAUAGUGAUGAUGAUUAUGAUGAUGUUUAUGAUGACAUCGAUGAUGACGACGAUGAUGACGAUGACGAUGAUGAUGACGAUGAUGGUGAUGAAGAUGUUGAUAGUGGUGAUGAUAGGGAUUGCAAUGAUGAUGUUCAAACCAAAACCUGGGGGCUGGAUGUACCGAGUAACUACACCACAGGAUCUGAUGUUGCAUUUAUUUUCACUGCGGCAUGGUAGCCCGGAGCGGAAUGGAGAAAACUCAUCAGUGGCAGGCAGGGAACUUGUACAACUUAUGUUAUUCAAUGCCAAUAGUGAUGCUUCUUCAGAUGAUGAAGGGGAUGCCUCUGGUC